UUUAAAAUCCAUCCCUUCACGUAUUUCUGUCACGUUUGAUUGAAACAAGAGGAGAUAGUCCAUUGACUGUCCAGUUGUUGGUGCCAAUGGCAAAAUAAAAUAGCGUGGCGGGAUCUCCGAGUCCCAACACCCUAAGUCAAUAAUUUUAAUCUGGAACAAGGUCUGAAGAAAUGUAAACAUUUCUCUAACCUCUCGUUGUCUCAACCUUUUCUGAGAAUUACCAAGCCCUCAAUCUUCAUAGACAUGGGUGUAUUGGACAGCUCGUUUGACAUUCUGUGCAGAAAUGGUGAAGUGAAGCAGCUAGUUUCGUUACUGGGACAACCAGAAGAAAGCAUCCCCCAAUGCAUUUUCAUAUCUGGCCACAAAUCUAGUGGUAAAUCUUACACAAUUCAUAAAGUCCUUGAUGGUUUGAAGGUCCAUUAUGCUUCUGUCAACUGUGUUGAAGGCUAUUUACCACGCCUCAUUUUUGAAUCUAUUUUAUCUCAAAUCAAAGGUGAAAUUUUACCUCCAACUUCCAAAUGUGACGAUGUCAUGGAGUUUUUAACUUCGUUGAAGGUCAUGGCAGAUGAAAUGAAUCUUCAUGACAAAGUCGUUGUUAUUGUCUUGGAAGGUAGUGAAAAACUACGAGAUAUGAGUCCUAAUUUAUUACCAGCCCUCAUGCAGCUUCAAGAAUUGAGCUGCUUGAAAAAAGUCUGUGUUGUUCUUGUAAGUGAUGUUCUUUGGGAUAAAUACAUUCCACCGGGUGGCUUACCUCCUCCAAUUCAAAUAUUUUUCCAACAGUAUUCUCAAAGUGAUAUUUUGAAAAUACUGGCACUAGAUAAACCAAAGGACUACCCAGCCGAUUUUUAUUCCAAUUAUCUGCAGCUUUUUGUGGCUGUCUUUUUGCGGUCUUGUCGUGACAUCACAGAAUUGCGUUAUAAGGCAGCUGAAAACUUUUCAAAGUACUGUGAACCAAUUCUCAGAGGAGAAAUAGAUAUGAAUGAUUCUGGAAGAUUGUGGAAACACAUAUCACCUCAUCUCAAAACCUCAUUACAAUUGAUCUACAUGAGAUUUGAAACAGAGAAACUUUCAUCUGAUAUGGAUCUCAUGAAGCCUAUGGACAAGCAUAGCACUUUGUCCUCUGCAGCAAAAUUUGCUCUUAGUUUUGAAUUGCCGUACUAUGCGAAAUACCUUAUUAUUGCUGCAUUUCUGGCAUCUUACAAUUCUCCUAAAGAGGACAAGAAACUUUUUGUGAAGCUGAGUGGGCGGACAAAAAAGAAAGUUCAGAAAAGCACAAAAAAUACUCAAACUAAAAUAAGUUCAUUAGUAGUUGGUCCACGUCAAUUUGAUCUGGAAAGACUUCUGGCCAUAUUUUAUUCCAUUAUUGAGGAAAAGCCACAUAUAUCUGUGAACUUGUUGACACAGAUUACGAGUUUAGUUGAACUCCAACUUCUUUUGAAAGUGGGGAAUGACCCAUUAGAAACACCCAAAUACAAGUGUGCUGUAGGAUUUGAUUUCAUCGUCAUUAUUGCCAAGACUUUAAGCUUUAAUGUCACAAAGUAUCUAGUGGAUUAUAAAUAAUAAUAAUGAUUAUGAAAGGAAGCUUGCUUGAGGGGGAAAACAUGCAGACAGCAAAUUGUAUUUUUGUAAUUAGAACAUUUAAUCAAUUUUGUCUA